AUGGGUCGUAACCGCAGCCGUUCUCCACGGAGGGAGCGCAGGCGGUCCCGGUCCACAUCUCUUAAGAGAGAACGCAGGCGCCGAGAAAGGUCCCGGUCCCGGGAGAGAGAUCCUCGACGGAGCCACUCUGGAUCUCCGCACAGAAGAGGCUCCACAUCCCCAAGAUGGCAUAGAUCCACAUCUCCUUCCCCUUCUCCACUAAAAGAAAGAAGAGAUGAGGAAAAGAAAGAAACAAAAGAAACAAAGAGCAAAGAAUGUCAGAUUACUGAGGAGGGCUUAGAGGGCAAAACAGAGGAAGAAAUCGAAAUGGUGAAGUUAAUGGGAUUUGCCUCUUUGGACUCCACAAGAGGGAAAAAGGUGGACGGCUCUGUAAUAAAUGCCUAUGCCAUAAAUGUAUCUCAGAAGAGGAAGUACAGGCAGUAUAUGAAUCGAAAAGGCGGAUUCAAUAGACCUUUGGUUCCGUUCUCAUUGCAUGAGAACUAAAAUGUUA